AUGGCGAUUGCUGGGGUGCAGAAUGCAGCUGCGAUGGAGUCUACAUUUUUGAGGGACUCUCAUUCUCAGUCACCGAGGAGGCAAGAGGAUGGAGGAAGGGGAGGUAUGCGGUCAUCUUCGUUGCUGCAGAUGUGGCGGGGGAUUGAAGAUGAGCAUGUGGUGAGACAGGUUCAAGGAAGAUCUGAUGAAGUGUUGGUUCAACAAAGAAGUGAUGGGUUGGUUGCGGAUCUGUCACAGGAAAAUACGAAUCAUACGACAGAAGGUUCGGUUUUGGGUGAGAAUGAAUCUGAAACUUGGUCGCAGUCACAGAGUCAGAAUGGGUCUCAAUGUGAACAGGAUCAGGAGGAGUUGAACAAUGCUAGUCGUGAGAACUCUUCUAAUAUUGGGGAGAGUGGAAGGGAACGAGUGAGGAAAGUUUUCAGGGAAUGGAUGGGUAAUGGUGGUUCUAGGGAUCAUGCAUCAAAUAUUGCUCGGCGAAAUGGUGGUUCAAGGGGUGACUUACUUGGGGAAACUGACCCGGAAAGAGUGAGUGUCGUAAGGGAAUGGGUAGAGAUGAGUAGCCAGCUGAGAGGUGUUUCUGUUGGGGAAAAUAGGGAAGAACAGUCUUCUGAAUUUGGUAACCAAGUUGAGUGUGUUCGUGAGGGAUUGGCUGUAAAUCAGAAUGAAGGCCAAAGUGAGCAUAUAUCGCGAAGAAGAAUCCGUAAAUUACGUGGUCGGCAGGUCCUGCUUGACAUGGUUAAGAAGGCUGAGAUGGAAAGGCAAAGAGAAGUUCAGGAAUUGUUGGAACGCCGGGCUGUAUCUCAUUUUCCCCAUCGCAAUCGGAUUCAGGCCUUGCUUAGAGGCAGAUUUUUGAGAAAUGAUAGGCCCAUUGAUAAUAUCCGGUCCACUUCCAUUGCAGAAAGUGAAUUGGGAUUAUUGAGACAAAAACAGACUGUAUCAUGUCUAAGGGAAGGAUUUUCUUCUAGAAAAAACAAUUCAGGUUACAGUCAAGCAGCAAACAACCUAUCUGAGACCUCAUCUGACAGUGAUACUGAUGUCGAUACAAUUGAACAAACUGGAGCAACCAGUUCACAAGUAGUCCCCUCUGUACAUUCUGAACGAUCAAAGCCUAAUAAUAGGGAAAGUGAUAGACUUGGAAUAUUACGUGCUUGUGAUGAAGAAGAAAAAGGAAAUUUGGAGCCAUCUUCCAAUAUUAGGGUUGAAAGAAGUGAUGACACCACACAAAAUGUUGAUACAACGCCAACUGAAGAUACUGAUAACGGCAUUACCCAACAAAGCUUGCAAGUUGAAGUUACGGAGCAUAGCAAUAUGCAAGAACAAGAACCAAGUGUGAUACAAACUGAGCAAGCUCUGCUGGGUGAUAUAGAUGGUGAAGAGAGCAAUCUAUCAAAUCACAACAAUCGUGUAGAGGAAAAUAUUGUUGAUGACGUAGAUUCGGUUGAAUCUGUUGCAAUAGAAAGAGGGCACCACGAGGAAAUUAUUGUUGAAAAUGAAGGAAGUGAGUGGAAUCAAACUAACAUUGACUGGAGAGACAGCACCCAGGAAAGUGUGGAUGAUAAUCAGCUCAGUAGCACGUCAAAUGAAUGGCCCCAAAACAUCUUAGGAACUGAAGAUGGAGACAAUUCUCGUCUACAAGAUCAGGUAACCUCUGAAGUCUGGCAAGAAGAUGGUAGUUUUCAGGAGGCUGUGGAAAUUUGGUUGGGAGGACCUUCUGAUAACGAAGUAGCUCCAGUUGGUAGAACUCAUGGAUUUUAUUUUCCAGAAGAUGACAACGUGUACAGUGUUGAACUCAGGGAACUGCUAAGUAGGAGGAGUGUCUCAAACCUCCUACGCAGCAGUUUCCGUGAAAGUCUUGACCAGUUGAUACAAUCAUAUGUUGAAAGGCGAGGUCAUGCUCACGGUGAGUGGGAGCUGCGAGAAACAACCCCUUCUUCUCCCUCAACAGAACAAGACCUGGGGCAGCAGAGAAGGGAUCAGAUUGCUGAUACGGAGGACAUUGUCAAUAGUUCACUUAACUUGCCUUUACCACCCACUCCUCCUCCUUUGCCUCUAUGGGAUCGACCCUCACGUCAUGACAAUUGGUCCCAAAAUAGCAUAAAUAGUCAGCACCGAGGAACUGUGCAUCCAUUUGCAGGACACAACCGCUUUCCUCUAACUGAUGAGUUGGAUAAUAUUAGUGACUUGAGAAUAGACAUGGUUAGGCUACAGCAAAGGAUGAAUAAUAUGCAGAGAAUGCUAGAGGCCUGUAUGGAUAUGCAGCUUGAGUUGCAACGCUCAAUAAGACAAGAAGUCUCUGCAGCCCUUAACCGCUCAACCGGUUCAUCAGGAGUACGAGACCAUAUUACACCCGACGAUAAAUCUAAAUGGGAAUGUGUGAGGAAAGGACUUUGUUGUAUAUGCUGCGAAGGCAAUAUUGAUUGUUUGUUGUACAGAUGCGGGCACAUGUGCACAUGUUCAAAAUGUGCGAAUCAAUUGCUCGAUAGUAGAAGAAAGUGUCCAAUGUGUCGAGCACCAGUGGUGGAAGUCAUACGUGCUUAUUCUAUAUAA